AUGCUCCCCAAACCUGUGGCUGAUGAUCUGCGGCAAGGAACGGUGUGCGAGGCUCAGAGUUAUGCAAGCGCCACCAUCUAUUUCAGGUAGGCCCAGCAUGUUUAAUAUUCGCUUAGACCUCUUCAUUUUCUGUGAAUUCUGGGUAGAUUUCAGGGAGAUGCAUUCUCUAUCGAGAGCUAAAGUAUCAAUAUUUUCUCUAUACUUAUAUAUAGAGUAUAGUAUAUAGUACUGCAGCGUGCAUUUCUGAACAAAAACGACAAAUAGAAUUAAAGUUAAAUUGUGACAUGACCGCAGAUAAGACACAGGUCCAGCGGUGUAUUUUGGAUCUGUGCUGCCUGUGGCAUUGUAACGGAUCACCUGGCACCCCGACUGGGUACCUCCAUUGAAGCGCUUCUUGAGGGCUCCAAGCACUCCAGCCGACACCAUAACCACCGUAGACUCCUUCAGAGAGCAAGACAGGAAAAGACUCUUAAAAGAGCUUAGAAGUGAUUAUGCAAGGGAGCAUGCAGAGCAUAGCAAUUCCCCCAAUAAGAGACAGGACUCUAGAUUGAGGGUGAAGAAGAAAUGUCUAAAACUUUAUUUUCCUUGGGACUAGCCCAUAUGGGCAUUACAUGAACAUUGCUGUGAAAACUCAAUAAAAUUACAAACAGUCAAAUCAUAGCAGGCAACAUACAGUGACUUAUUAUAACACAAUGGCAUAUUUUUAAAGCGGUGGGGGAGACAAUAAAUAACAGAAAAUAUGUCACGUGCCUGCAGAAUUAGCAAUAUGCAAAUCUACCCGAAUAUGCAAAUGAACCAGUCUUGCUAUUCAGGUAGUGCAUAUUGCUGUUGCUACCAACAGAGGGCACUAGACAAGCUCCAUAGCCAAAUCCACCUAGUUGGUAGCAAAUCUCAGCAGAACAGGAGGCAAUACAUCCCAGGGGCCAUAGUCACUUGGCAAGAGGCUGGCAAUCAGUGUUCUCCAAUGCCCUGUGGCGAGGCUGGUUCCGCCACAGGCAUGACAGAAUUCGGGCACCCCCGAAUUUACAUUUGCCCCACUGCUUCCUGUUAAUGCCACACUUCUUCCUGUAAAAGACUAACACACACUUUGACUGACAGACACACACUCUCAGAUACACUGACAUACACACAUACUGAUUUGACACAAUCUUACAGACACACUGAUUUACUCACUGACACACACUGACAGACACUCACAAUCACUGACAGACAUGCACACAGUCACUGACACACCCACCCACUCACAGACACACACAGAGACAGGCAUACACAAUCACUCAGACACACACACACACACACACACACACAUUGACAGACACACACUCACUCACUUACUGACACACACUGACAGACACACACAAUAAGUAAGACACAUUGCCCCCUCACAGACACACACCGACAGACACACACAAUCACUCAGACACAUAGCCCCCCUCACAGACACACACUGACAGACAUACACUCACACACAUUCAUUCAGACACAAGCACACAUUCACUGACAAACACACACUCACAGAGACACACAGUCACUCAGACACACAGGCUUUCUCACAGACACACACUGACAGACACACACUCUCACUUACAGACACUCACACACACACACUCACUCACAGACACACACACUGACAGAUAUACACACACAGACACACUGACAGACUGACAGACAUACACACUGAGAGCCAACCAGACACACAAACACAUACAUUCCACCCCCCAUCCCUCACAGAUUAUUUUUUAAUUAUAAUUUAAAUCCACCAGCCUCCCUAGCUUUGGGAGAGCUGGGUGGAUUUUUUACCUGGGGUCCAGUGGGGCUGCUGGCCGAGCUGUUUGGGCAGGAGGGCGUGCAGGCAGUCGGGCGGCCACAGACGUCAUAUUCUAGCUCCCGGCAUCACUCUGCGGCACACCGCUUGUUGUUCACCUAGCCGCCUGCCCCAAGGCUAACAAGGCAUUUGGCUGGGCAUUUGGGGGUGGCGUUUUUUGCUGCCCCCUGGAAAGUGCCGCAUGCCUUGUUUGCCUAACAGCAAAUACAGUGUGGUGACAUUCUGUCAUCAAACUAAUAUGGUGACCAGGGGUCAUGUGAUUAUAAGGCUCAUGUUUGCCUUUCUUACAGUGCAUAAGCUUUACCCUUUGAAAUGGUAACUGGGUAAUACAAUACCUUUACAAGUCAGGAAAGAGAUAACUACUCCCCCCUUUCUCCAUUCCUCUCUGUUCCUUCUUGGCUGUGCUGCAGAGCAGAUGUGCAGAUGCCAUGUGCUAGCAUGGUGAACCAUGUUACACUCUGUUGCUUCCUUUUCUUCCUUGGUGGAUGUGAUGUUGAACUUGCAGCAGUGAGCCAUUACUAGAUGUGAAGGCCUAACCGUGGGUGAGAUCAAACGUGUGGGGAAGGGGGUUACUAUAUAGAUAGAUAGAUUUAAAAAGGGUUGUUGCUCCGUGGGUCUGGGCUGUGUGUUUGUGAUACAUUUAUAGUAUUGUGUUGUUGCCUUUUAAUGAAUACCUUUUAAUGUAGACAAACCUUGUAUAAUAUAUAGGUCUGAUUUAGGGUAAGGAAAAAACGAAAAAGACCUCAUUCUUUCAGAGCGUUGUAAAUAUUCUGCCUGAGGGAGAGAAAUUAAACAAACGGGGCAGGAGUUGGUGCUAGAAGGGGAGAAUGGAUGCACUGACAUUUAAUUAUCCAGAAUAGGUUUCCUUUUUCUUAGUGUAAGUCCUACUAUAACCUCCACUCAUGUGCUUUUAUCUCCAGUAUCACAGCUCAGCUUUCAUUCUAUGAGUCGUCGUGGCUCAGAAAUUAGUUUUAGAAAGGGAGGAUCUCCCGAAUGCUUGUCAUUCCAAAAUUCUUAGUCCAAUAAGCGAAUGCAUAGAGAUUCUGAGGGAGUUUGUCACAGGUUAAUAAUCAUUUACAAAUUAUUUUGUACCAUAUCAUUUUGACUAGUGACAUCGUGGGAUUUACAGCCCUGUCUGGUGCCAGCACGCCAUAUCAAGUGGUCGAUUUCCUGAACAAGUUAUACACAAAAUUUGAUGACAUCAUUGACAACUACGAUGUUUACAAGGUGGAAACUAUAGGAGACGCAUGUACGUAUUGAGUUGAAUUUACAUCAAAUUACAUUGAAUUCAAUCAAAUUUAAUUUACAACAAUUAUUUCAAAUCCUGGCCUUAAAGGAACACUAUAGGGUCAGGAACAGCAACAUGUAUUCCAGACCCUAUAGUGUUAAAAAUGCAAUCUGGCCCCCUGGUACCCCUCCCCCCUCUUUCCCUAAAUAUAGUAAAAUCUUACCUUUAUUUUAGUCUGCUGCUGCUGCCUCUGCCCAGAUCUGCCUGCUUGGCUGACAUAAUCAGAAAUCAUUGGAUUGACUGAUGCUGUCAAGGAGGCAGAUCAGGGGCAGAGCCACCACAAGCCUUGACCAAUCAGCAUCUCCAUGAGGAAAGUUCAGUGUCUGCAUGCAGAGGGUGGAGAGACUGGAUGUCAGUCACACUGUGCAGCACUGCCCCAGGAAGCACCUCUAGCAGCCAUCUAAGGAGUGGCCAGUGGAGGUAUCACUAGGCUGUAAUGUAAACACUGGAUGUGAGUUUAUGUAUACACUCACUCUAAUUUAAAUUUUAUUAACAAAUAUACAGUAUUAUACUAUUGUAUCUGUUUUUAUGUUUUUUCUUUACAUGUGGAAAAAAUCCCCCAUAUCUUACUAAGGGGUAAGUGUAAUUAAGAAAGUGCUGCACCUUGGGACUCUGCAUGUUGGGAUUAUCACCUAAACCACUGAGUCCACUUUUCUGUCUACAUCCCUUGAUUGCCCUGACCUGGGUGAACAACAUAUCCAAAAAUCACCCAGUUUAUAGCAGGGGUUAAAACGUUUUGUGGAAGUCACAUCUGACUGCCCGCAAGCAUGGCUUUCAUGCCCAAAACAGUUCCACAGAUUUAGGCUGUGCAGCCGGUCUAUCUUCUCCUCUAUCCUGGAGAUAAUUGUCUUAAGUGGCUGUGGUAAGCCAAUUAUCUCCAGUAACAGGAAAUAUGUCUAAGUCCAAAAAACUGUUACAAAAACCACAUAAAAAUACAUAACUCUUAUAAUACAAUGUUUAACCUAUAUUUCCAAAAUAUCCCCAGAUAGCUUGGAUCUGAGCGCUCAAUAUGUCCGAAAAGCGCUCAGAUCUCACAAAUACAGUUGGAUCACCAUGGAGUUAAACAAUAGCAAGGGCUGAUGAGAGAUUGAGGAGGUACAAAGCAGCCAGUUUCAACUGGUCUGGCAGUGUCCCUGGGACAACGCCCUGCUGGAGAACAAUGGACAGGAAAAAGAGGAGGGGAAGAGGCACAUUUUCGCAUGGAUUUAAAGGGGCAGAAAAAGUGUUUUAAAAUCCAAUAAGUCACAGGGGCCAUAAUCACAGGGCAAAAGGCUAGCCAUUAGUCCUCUCCAAGAACAAGUGGCGAAAAAGCACUUUGUCACAGUUACAUAGUUACAUAGUUACAUGUCAACCAUGAGUUAAAGUCAAAUCUUAGGCAUGUGAAGUGUGACGAGGAAAAUGUGGAGGCUUUAUGGGUAGAUAUCUGCUUGGGGCAAACAUAUGGAAAUCAAUUAUUGGUUGGGAUAUGUUAUAAACCACGUAAUGUAAAUAUUAUUGAGGAAUCGAGGUAACGUUAAUUAUUGGAGAUUUUAAUUACCUAGACAUAAAUUGGGAUAGAGGGACUAGUACUUCAGCAAGGGGAAUCAGGUUUUUGAAUGUGUUAAAUGACACCUUUAUGUCACAACUGGUACAAGCACCAGCUAGAAAGGAUACUUGUGAAAUAAACACUAAUUUACAUAACCAGUAUGUAAAAAUGGCAGUGUGUAGCGCUAAAUGAUAUUAACUUACACCAUAAAAAACUUUAGGGGUAUGGAAUACAUAUAUAUCCUCCAGAAUCUUUGAGGGUAUAGGAGAUAUAAAUACUGUGGAGAAAAUAGAAAAAUAUAUAGUGCACUCUGUGCAAACAGACGUAGUUGUAGACCAUAUAAUAGGAAGCACUCACGUGGUUCAGAGCCUAUUAAGGAUUGGCUCUUAAUCACUCUUGCCUUGUGUCCUUUAGGUGACACACACCUUCAACUUCAGAUAAAGGAUAACCCUCAAAAUAAGAGAAAAACAGGGGGAAAUUCGCCCUAG